CCUGUACACCCCAUAUGCAACUAUUUCAAACGUGUUAACCUUACAAGCUGCCAACAAUCGUAAGUAGAAAUGGCCAAUCAUUGUAAUCUGCAAGAAAAGAAGCAAACCCACCAAACCUACGGCGGCAUGGGCAGCACGACUAUAAUGAAGGUCAACAUUACUUUUGAAAAGAUUUCUUGUUAUAUAUACAUGCCUUCCAACAUGCAGAGCAUAAGACUCGAAUAAAAAACAAGAAGCCCAUGCUUACCAACCUCGGUAUUCUUCCUCCAGACAUCUCCCCUCUUAAAUUCUGCUCAAAUCCCUGUAACAGACAUAAUAAGAAGAAUAACUGAGAUGGGACAAAAGGAGGAGAAAUGCGAAGCAAACAUAAUUUCAAGACAACUGAAGCUGUACUUCCAUUCAGUUUGUCUCACUCUCCUCUCCCUUCUUCUCCCCCUCUCAUACCUCCUCUUGUGCAGGCUCAGCUAUACUCCCCUGUCCCCCACAUUCAUCAUUCUGUACGUCGUUGUUUCAUUCCUAUCCGUAUCUUCCCUAUUCUACUCAAUCACAGGCCACACCCUUCACAUCGAACUACCAAACUGCAUUGCCUGGGUCAUCCUCUGCCUCUUUCAAACCUGCAUUACUUUUGGAAUAGAAGGAACGAUCAGAGAUGGAUUCCAACCGAUCCAAAAUGCUAAUGCAUUUGCACAUGAGAUGUGGUUGAAGAGAACCUUCCUCCUCAUAGGAAUCUACGAACAGAUGAUGCUUUGGAAAGAUAAGUUUGUGAAACCAGUUGUGGAUAGCACAUUCAUCGAGGAGAGAAUGGAACAAAGAAAUGAUCGGUUUUUAAUGGGAUUAUCCUUCAGUGGUUUAUGGCUCUGGCUGCUGCAAACGGAGGUAGAGCCUUUGGUUUUGGCUUCUACAAUGGUAGGAUUUAGUAGGAGAGUGGGUUGGUGCGACUUCAUCAUCUGGUUCGUGACCUUUGCAACUUUAAUGACGGGGUUUGUGAGAGCUGUCCAGUUUCUUGUUUGGCAAUUAAGUAUCCUACUACAGCUUAUGUAUUGCAGGGUAGAGGAACAAGCUGAUGGCCUUGCUCAAGGAGAAGAUGAAGUGUAAAGCGAUAAGGAAUUUGUGAAUUCCGCCCUAUACGAUAUUCUGUUCGUUAUCCUGCCCU